AUGUAUGGCUAUCAUGGUUAUCAACAGCAAAUGCCACAACCAACACAUAGUGUUGUUGAUGGUAAAAUGCAUAAUUUGAAUACAUAUUUAAAUUAUAUUAGAGCAUAUAGGGAUCCUUUAAGAGUUGCAAAGGAUUUAAAAGAAACCUUUCAUUUAUUCCCAAAUUUAUCACCAUAUUAUGAAAAUAUACCAAGUAGAAAUAUAAAUUUAAUUAAUAUUAAAGGUACAAUACCAAUUUGUUUUAAAAAUAUAAAUUAUUAUUUACCAAUUAUCGUAUGGGUACCAUUAAACUAUCCAUUAGAAUAUCCAACCAUAUUUUUAGAUCCAACACCAGAAAUGAGAAUAGUGGAAAGUCAUCAACAUGCAAACCUACAGGGUUUGGUUUAUCAUCCAUAUAUCAGCAGUUGGAACAGUGCAUCAACUUUAGGGCAAUGUUUAAAAUUAUUAUGUGAUGCUUUUAGUUUUAAACCACCAUUAGAAACCAAAUCACCAAAUUCAUCGCCAUCAACUACAUCAUCACAAUAUAAUCAACCCCCACCACCAUAUGGAUCAUCUCCAAGCGGUUCUCCAGUUAAUAGUAAUGGAAAUAAUAAUACAGGAUCUAUACCCCCACCACCCUAUGGCUCAUCACCAGGAGCUUCUUCAAAUUAUGUACCACCACCAUCAUACGAUUCAUCAAUUCAAAAAAAGAAUGCAGCAUUAGCAGCAGCAGCAUCAAAAGGUUUAGGUGAUCCAUCCAUAGCAAUUCCACCACCAAUACCACAAAAACCACAACCACCACCAACUAAAUCAUUACCACAAAUUCCUCCACAACCUGUAAUCGAUAAAAAGAAAGAAUUAAUAGACGAAUGUACAAUAAAAUUACAAGAGAUUUUAUCACAAUAUUAUGACACAACCGUAAAAGAAAUUAAAGAUUUUCAAGUUCACAACAGAUCAUUGGAAGAGUUAUCAAAAAAACAACAACUCGAAAAAGGAGAGCUUCAAGAACAAUUGGCACUUUAUAAUAGUCAAAUUGAUCAAUUAAAUGAAAAUAUUACCCAGUUAGAGAAAUGGAUUAAGGAGAAUGAUAAACCUGAAACUGAUAUUGAUAUCGAUGCCAUGUUGGGUCCUAAAGAUCCAUUAUCCAAACAAUUAUUAAAGUUAGUUUCUGACGAUUCAACCAUUGAGGAUCUUUUAUAUUAUUUAGAUAAAGCUUUACACAGUAACAGAAUUUCUCUAGAUGAAUACUUAAAAAAUGUUCGUUCUCUCUCAAGAGAUCAGUUUAUGAUCAAGGCCACUGUUAAAAAAGUUCAAUAUUUUAUAAGACAAAAUCAACAACAGUUUUUACAACAACAACAACAGCAACAACAAUCUUCACCACAAUCAAACAAUAAUCAACAAGUUCCAAAAUCAUUACCACAAUUUCAAUCACCACCACCACAACCACCACCAUCUUCAUCUCCCCAAAAUGGUCAUUAUCAAUCUCAACUUUCUCAACUUUACUAUAAACAAUAA